CUCUGGGCGCAGGAUCGCCCUUCUCCCCAAGCCUGUCCCUCCCCUCGCUCUGCUCCGCCCCCGGCGCUGCCGUAUUGCAUGCUGGGAGUCGUAGUCUGUCUGGCAGCGCCCGGAAGGACGGAAGGGCACCCGAGUCUAGCCGGUCCUCUUGCUACCGGAGAGCUCAAGAUGGCGGCCUCCUGGUCGCCCUUGGUUACACUGCGCUUAGUGCAGAGCCGGCUGAGAGGGAGAUGUAUUGGGUGCGGGGCCUGGGCUGCUGCUCUCGCCCCUCCGGCCACCGCCCCUGGAAACACCUUUUGGAAAGCCUAUACAGUUCAGACACCUGAGAUUAUGUCUCCAACUGCGACUACAGAGGUUUAUUCAAAAGCUUUGGCUGUUUGCCAUGGACCACUGGACCACUAUGACUUUCUGAUCAAAGCUCAUGAGCUAAAGGAUGAUGAACAUCAAAGAAGAGUCAUACAGUGUUUGCAGAAAUUACACGAGGACCUUAAAGGAUAUGAUAUAGAGGCAGGAGGUCUUUUUUCAAAGCUGUUUUCAAGGAGCAAACCUCCAAGGGGCCUGUAUGUUUAUGGAGAUGUUGGUACAGGGAAAACAAUGGUGAUGGACAUGUUUUAUGCUUAUGUGGAAAUGAAGAGGAAGAAACGGGUUCAUUUUCAUGGUUUCAUGCUAGAUGUUCAUGAAAGAAUACACCGCCUUAAACAGAGUUUGCCAAAAAGGAAACCAGGAUUCAUGGCUAAAUCGUAUGAUCCGAUAGCUCCCAUAGCUGAAGAAAUCAGCGAAGAGGCAUGUCUCUUAUGUUUUGAUGAGUUUCAGGUCACUGACAUUGCUGAUGCCAUGAUUCUGAAACAGCUUUUUGAAAAUCUGUUCAAAAAUGGGGUCGUCGUUGUGGCAACAUCCAACAGGCCACCGGAAGAUCUCUAUAAAAAUGGACUCCAAAGAGCUAACUUUGUACCAUUCAUUGCUGUUCUAAAGGAAUACUGUAAGACUGUCCAGCUAGAUUCUGGGAUAGAUUACCGGAAAAGGGAACUUCCUGCUGCAGGAAAACUCUACUAUCUCACAAGUGAAGCUGAUGUGGAGGCUGUCAUGGAUAAGUUGUUUGAUGAGCUGGCUCAGAAACAAAAUGAUUUAACUAGACCAAGGAUUCUAAAAGUGCAAGGCAGAGAGCUGCGGCUGAAUAAAGCCUGUGGAACUGUUGCCGACUGCACAUUUGAAGAGCUGUGUGAGAGACCACUUGGAGCCAGUGACUAUCUGGAACUGUCAAAGAAUUUCGAUACAGUAUUUUUACGAAACAUUCCACAAUUUACGCUGGCCAAGAGGACGCAAGCUCGAAGAUUCAUAACUCUCAUUGAUAACUUCUAUGAUUUCAAGGUGCGCAUAAUUUGUUCUGCAUGGACUCCUAUAUCAAGCUUAUUUUUGCAUCAACAUCAUGACAGUGAGUUGGAGCAUAGCAGAAUACUGAUGGAUGACUUGGGGCUGAGCCAGGACUCAGCAGAAGGACUCUCCAUGUUUACCGGAGAAGAGGAAAUCUUUGCGUUUCAGCGCACGAUUUCCCGGCUCACAGAAAUGCAGACUGAGCAGUACUGGAAUGAAGGGGACAGAGGCAAGAAGUAACUGUGACUUUUUCAUGAAUAAAACUCAGGACAGAUGAUCACGGCGGGGAGAACUCUUCAUUAUGGAACUUGAAGGAAUCGUUUUCUCAUCGUUAAUUAUGCACUUUGUCCUCUGGACCAUUUUUAUCUAAAAUUUCCCUCAGAGAUGUAGUGGUGGAUUCGUAAGUCAAAGCCAUUUUUGUAGGUUUACUUUUUGCCUAUUUAUUUGGCUUUAUUUCUGCACCACAAAAUUAAAAUCAUCACCCCUGAAGAUUAAUGUAGGACCAGACCUUUUGGUUUCGUAUUAAGCCACUUGAAUGAUCCUUGAACACACACACACACACACACACACACACACACACACACACACACACAUACACACACGGUUAAAUGCGGUGUCGUUAUGGAAAUCUCCGAGCUUUGACUGCAUAGUAGCCUCAUGAUACAAACGCAUCUUUUAUGAGAGGGGAGAAAAACCCCUAUAUUUCAAUUCAAAGCCAAGAAACUUUCUGAUCUUAUUAUAAACUAAAGAGAAUAACAUUUUAGAAUAUGGGCUUAUAUGUGUGAUUUUGGGGGGCCAAGAAUGACACUAAAUCUCCCAGGCUUUCAGGAUUCCUCACAACCGAGGGUAUGUUUUUUUACCUGCUAUCAAGCUUGGCAGAGGCAGGACCAGAUCUUCAGUGGACAUGAAGUUGCCCGAAAAAAAUUGAGGAUGACACCAUAGAAUAAGGAGCGAGGGUGUCAAAUUCUAACCCGCAGGCAGAUCCCCCAAGUCUGACUGCCAGUAGAGGAACAGAUGCCAGGAAUAGGGGCCAGCGAGAGGGUGUCAGGAGGGGACAGAGUCCUGGGCACACAAAGUAGCAGAGCGGAUUCCAGCUCAUCUGAUGCCAGCAGGACCCCAGUAGACGGGAGGCUCUGCCCAGCGCUCGGACGCCUUUGCUCUGGCUGCCAAAUGCCACUCCCCACUCUCGCCUCUGCUUCUGUGGUGAGAUGGACUUAACCGUAAAUGGGAAGGAACACUGAUGAACCUGCUUAAAUAAAAUCUGACUUGUCCUUCA